ACCUGCGGCCACAAUAAUUCCACCGCGCGUCUCUCCGAGUUAAAAGCUGUUUGUUCUGUCGACGGCAGACACCCGGCGCGGCAGAAUAAUGGAAAGUGAGAGCAAGAUCAAAAUGAAGGAGAAAUUCGGACUGAGGCGAGACAUUGUCAAGGAGUUCCUGGCGGAGUUUCUGGGAAUAUUUGUCCUAAUUCUUUUCGGGUGUGGAUCAGUGGCCCAGACGGUGCUGAGCAAGGGAACACUCGGGGAGCCCCUCACCAUCCACAUCGGUUUCACUCUUGGAGUCAUGAUGGCCGUCUACAUGGCAGGGGGAGUGUCAGGAGCCCAUGUGAACCCUGCAGUCUCACUCGCGAUGGUCAUCCUGGGAAAGCUGCCCAUCAAGAAGUUUCCUGUGUAUGUGGCUGCUCAGUUCCUGGGUGCUUUUGCUGGUUCCUGUGCUGUUUACGGGUUGUAUUACGAUGCGUUCAUGGAUUACACUGACGGAGAGUACAUUGUUAGCGGUGCAAACGCUACUGCCAACAUCUUUGCAUCAUAUCCUGCCAAACAUCUGUCGGUCUUAAACGGAUUUGUCGACCAAGUCAUUGCAACUGGCGCUCUGGUUCUCUGCAUCCUGGCCAUCACUGACCAGAAGAACAUCGGGGCCCCCAAAGGCAUGGAACCUCUCUGCAUAGGUCUGAUCAUCCUUGCAAUCGGGGUGUCCAUGGGUCUGAACUGUGGCUACCCCAUUAACCCGGCUCGAGACCUGGGCCCGCGCUUCUUCACGGCUGUAGCUGGAUGGGGCAUGGAAGUGUUUCGAGCUGGUGGUUGCUGGUGGUGGAUCCCAGUAGUCGGACCCAUGGUCGGGGGAGCAGUUGGAGCCGGUAUUUACUUUCUACUGAUUGAAUUGCACCACACAGAGCCUGAUAAAAAAGAAGAAAACAACGUCCAGGAGAAGUAUGAAAUGGUGACCUUGAGUUAAAGAGCUCAACCAUCAUUGCAGAUCGAUUCUGCUUCCUCAAAUGCUUUGUAUGACACACUUAUCUCAGACAUUGAUGGAAAAUGCAUGAAUGUUGACUGGAGCCUUUGUUUGUACGGCGUGAUAUUGACCUUUCUUUGUCCCUUUUUCUUUAACAAUAUUAGCCACCUAACUAGUACUGAAAUAAUUUCGUUGAAAAUCUUUAUUUUAGAAUUUUAUAAAUGAAAUAAGCUUUUAAGAUAUUUGCCAAGAAUGUUUCUUUCACAUAUUUGUUUCAAGAAACACAAGCGCUUAGAGAUUAUUUCUAUCAAUAAAUUGUUAGGUUUGGUGAUGUGCAGUUUGUAUUAUCACUUUCAGGAAAUGUUUGUUUUGUACUAGAGUAUCCCAGCCUUAAAGCAUUAUGCUGUAUAUUUUAGGCAGUAGACUGUUUGGUUCAAAGGUAGUCGACAAAAUGACGACACAUCGGUCUCUCUGUGGAAUUAGGUUAAAGUUGACCACUGAUCACCAUAAACAUUUGGUUCUUAUUUUAGAUGUUCAGUGGUUGCAUAACGUAUUGGUACAAGAUAAAGUGUGCUGAGAGGAAUUGGCUGGAACAUUUAUUAAAUUGCUGAAAGAUGGUGCUUUCUUGUUUUCAUAUCAACAUUGAAAAUCUUUUGGAUCUGAAGAGAUAAAACCCACACAGUUUUGGCAGAAUACAAAAGAAAAUAAAAACAAAAACAAGAGGCAUGAAAAAGACUCUAAGAUGUUAUUGUUCUAAAUAGUAUUAUUGACUUCACACUGUUGUUAUUAACCUGAAACACUUGUUUACCAUGAAAAUAUUUUUUGUUAAACCGAAUUAUGCAUGGAUUUUGAAUCUUUGAUCUAUGCUUAUCCAUUUUACACAGUGUAGUGAAGACGUUUUUUUUUCUGGUGACACUUGUUGAAAAAUUUGAAGAAGAAAGCGUAAGCAUUAACAACUGUCAAGCGGUGAUCUUGUGGCUGUAGAGUUAAGAAACAGGGGAAACAACUGCUUUAAUCUUAGGGAAUAUGUUUUUCUUGUAGGUGUAAAAUACUUUUUCCUCUCAUUUGAUCGGCAUCAUUAGAAAUAAGCUUCAUAGAGUCACAGAGUGAAUGUAGAAACCAAGAGUGAUAUUUAUUCCAUGGCAGUCAGCAGGUCAGUGAAAAAGAGUCAGUUGAUUUCCUUUCCUAAAAACUCGUUUGAUUUUCCCACCAUUGCUGUUGGUGUUUUUGCUAUUUUUUUGUAUUUAUGUCAUGAUUGAAUCAGCAUGAAAUAAAGUUUAAU